CUCUCUCACACACCCCAAAGGAAAUAUGGCCAAGAUAUUGAUUUUGAUUGCUCUCUGUAUCCUCCCGGCGCUCGUUAGCGGCAGGCCGAUGAGAAGCAACUUCAUGGUGCAAGGUCGGGUCUACUGCGACACUUGCCUUGCAGGCUUCGAAACAAGCGCCACCACUUACAUCUCUGGUGCUAAAGUGAGGCUGGAAUGCCGGGAGAGGGAGAGCGGGCAGCUAACAUAUGCCAUUGAGGGGAAGACAGCCCAGAGUGGGAUGUAUGAGAUCCCAGUUUCAGAUGACCGCGGCAAUGAUAUCUGUGAGGUAGCGCUCGUCAGCAGCCCACAGAGUGAGUGCGCCACACCCAUGCCAGGCCGCGAGCGUGCCCGUGUUUUCCUUACCCAAAACAACGGCAUUGCAUCGUACACCAGAUAUGCCAAUAACUUGGGCUUCCAGAAGGAUGCCCCAAUCGUUGGAUGCUCAAAAUUGCUCAAGCAAUACCAAGAAUAUGAUGACUAAGAAAUGUUGGUUUUCAUUAGUUUGAUUAAUGAUCCUGUGUUCGUUUCAUUUUCUGCUGGUGACAGUGUUAUCUUUUUCAUUUUUUUCUUUUUUCUUUUUAUAAAUUAUUCUAAUGUUUUGAUUGAAUGGAUAUAUGAUUUUUAUUUGA